UCAUUACUACAUUGCAAUGAUGCAUUGUGUGCUAGUGUUGUGUUUUCAUUUGUUUCUGGUUCUCUUUUCUAGCACUCUGCCUCAAGUUGCUGCCCAAUCCAACUCUGAUGAACAAAGCCUUAUUGCAAUCAAGAAUUCAAUAACCUUGGAUCCCCAGAAUGUUUUUGACACUUGGAUCCCUAGCAUUCACUUCUGCAACUGGACAGGAGUUUCUUGUGAUGGAGAAGCCCAUAGAGUAGAGUCCCUUAUUCUUGACAGCUUCGAAUUACAGGGGACCGUUUCCCCUUCUAUAGGAAAUCUUUCCUUCAUAAAAGUUCUCUAUCUCUAUAACAACAGCCUCAAUGGGGAGAUUCCAAAUGAACUAGGGAGACUACAGCGCCUGCAACAACUCUAUCUAUCAUUCAAUCAACUUCACGGCCCAAUUGCAUUGACUCUCACUUCUUGCAAGGAUUUAGAAGAAUUGUCUCUAGCGUAUAAUCAUUUGACAGGAAGCAUUCCACCACAGAUGCAUCGCCUCAAAAAGCUCCAAGUUCUUAUGUUGGGAUCCAACAACCUCACAGGUACCAUUCCUUCAUCUUUAGCAAAUCUUUCUUCACUAAAUAUCGCGUUUCUUGAAGGUAACAAUCUGCAGGGCCUAAUUCCACCUGAACUACGACUGCUAAAAGGAUUGCAGUCGCUCUAUUUGUUUGACAAUCAUUUAUCAGGCCCUGUCCCAUCUUCUCUGUCAAACAUAUCUUCCCUCGUUGAGUUAGAUCUUGGCAGAAAUAACUUGAAUGGCGAGAUCCCAUCUGAGUUGGGCAAUUUAGCUCUUUUGCAAACACUUUAUAUUUGGGGUAAUAAUUUCAAAGGCCCUAUACCAAGAUCACUUGCGAAUUGUUCCCAAAUGCUUCAGCUCGAUUUAGAGUUUAAUCACCUGACAGGGGUUGUGCCAUUGGAAUUCAGCAAGUUGUCCCACCUUAAAUUUCUGGGUUUAUCUAACAAUCAGUUUGUCAGUGGCAGUACUGUCAUAGUCCCUAUUCUCUUAGCUCUGUCCAAUUGCACCAAAUUGAAUGAAUUGCAAAUCUAUCGCAACUACUUGACAGGAAGCAUGCCAGAACAACUCCCCAAAUAUCUGUCUGUACUUUUACUAAAUGGGAAUAAUAUAACAGGAAUUAUACCCUCACAAAUUGGUAACCUAACCAAUUUGACUCAGAUUGAUUUUUCUUCUAAUCUAUUUACGGGCCAGAUCCCGUCCUCGUUGAGCAAUCUUAGGAAAUUGCAGAGAUUACGGCUAGAUAACAAGCAGCUAGAAGGAAACAUACCUAGUAUAAUUGGUGAAAUAACAGUGCUUGGGGAACUAUCAGCGAGCCAUAACAAGCUUUCUGGAGGAAUCCCUGACACCAUCGCUCGACUUCAACAACACAGACGCCUUAUGCUUCAUCACAACAACCUGUCAGGGAGCAUACCGGCUAGUUUGGGAAAAUGCUAUAAAUUGGAGCUUGUGGACCUUUCCAACAAUCAAUUCACUGGACAAAUACCCCGUGAAGUGGCCUCACUUUCCAAUUUACAGUUUUAUUUCAACUUGUCUGGGAAUUCAUUAGAAGGACAAUUGCCUCUGGAGAUUGGAAAUAUGAUAAGUGUCCAAGCUAUAGAUGCCUCUUCCAAUAGGUUGAGAGGCCAGAUUCCAGCCACACUAGGAAGCUGUUCAAACCUCCAGCAUCUUAAUCUUUCCUCAAAUAAACUACAAGGCCGAAUUCCAAACUCUCUUGGUAACUUAAAAAACCUAGUUGAUAUGGAUCUUUCUUAUAGCAACCUGUUAGGUCCAAUACCUGCUUCUUUGAGAAAUCUGACCGUGUUUGAGUACAUGAACUUGUCUUUCAAUAACUUGAGUGGAGAAAUCCCUAAAGAAGGUGUCUUCAGAAACUUGACAGCUGCAUCAUUUAUGGGGAAUUUGUUUCUUUGCAGAGAGUGGAUUCGUCUUCCCUGCUGUCCAAUUAUGCUUCCUUCAGGUAAAAACAACAGAAGUAGAGUUCGAACAAUUGCAAUAGCAGCGGGAGCAAUCGUAUUGUGCUUUUUGCUUAUUGGGGGAUUAGUUUACAGGAGAUGUCACUUGCAUAUUCAGGGGAAGACUCAAGGUGACUCUACAGAUGUUUCAGUGAUAAAUUACAUCCGCCACAGUGGGGUUUCAUAUCAGGAGAUCGUUGAUGCAACAAAUGGUUUUGAUAGGGAAAAUUUAUUAGGGACUGGUGGCUUUGGCUCUGUUUAUAGAGGUACUUUAAAUGAUGGUACAGCUGCUGCUUUCAAGAUCCUGAACAUGCAAAAUGAAAAGGCCUGGAAGAGUUUUAUUACAGAGAGCAAAGUUCUUGGAAACUGUAUCCACAGAAAUCUAGUUAAUGUUAUAACCUUUUGUUCAGAACCUGAGAAAAAGGUAUUAGUUCUCCAAUUCAUGCCUAGAGGAAAUUUGGAUAAUCUGUUGGUUUCAGAUGGUGGUUCAUUGGACCUAAGGAAAAUACUGAACCUAGCAUUGGAUGUGGUCCAUGGAUUGGAAUAUCUGCAUCAUGAUUGUCCAGUGCAAGUUGUACACUGUGAUAUAAAGCCUAGCAAUAUUCUCCUGGAUGAGGAUAUGACAGCCCAUGUAGCCGAUUUUGGGAUUGCUCAAUUGACUUGUGAGCCAGACUCCUUAGAGUCAAUGACUUCAGCUCUCUCUCUCAAAGGAUCCAUUGGCUACAUUCCACCAGAAUAUGGAGUGGGUGGGAAGGUUUCGACAAAGGGUGAUGUUUAUAGCUAUGGUAUUGUGUUGCUAGAAAUGAUAACCAGAAAGAUUCCAACUGAUGAUAUGUUUGUGGGGAACCUGAACCUGCACAAAUGGGUCAGCAUGCAUUUUCCAGAUAGAGUGGAGGAGAUUGUUGAGCAUACAGUGAUGAGACAUUUAGAGGAAAAUGAGAUAAAGAUGGUUCUUUUUCCAUUCAUACAUAUGGGCUUGAUUUGUACAAAUGAAUCACCUCUGCAACGACCCACAGCACAGCAGGUAGCAGGAGCACUAGAAAUCAUGUGGAAGAACCUCCUUCAAAGUGCAGUGACUACCUAGCCACAAACAUAUAAUUGAGCUUCCCUUGGUGAUUUAAAUAUGCAGAUUGUGACUCAAAUUAACAUGUGUCAAUAUUUAGGAAUCCUUGUCUAUUGUGAAAUCCUUGAAAAAGUAGCUAGCUUUGCUGAAUACUUAAUUUUGGUUAUGUCAAGAAAAAAGUGACCUUUCAGUUGGCAUAGAUUUGUAGGUGACAUAAAGUGGUCAAGUAGAUUAGUCAGUAGUAGUUCAUAUCGAAUAUUUCAACAUAAUUUUAUAUCCUGGAUAAUAGUCAAUCACCUAUGGCAAUUUAUAUCUAUUCACAUAUUCCACACAAACUCUAUCUCUCCAAUUGAAGGAAAGGCAAGCAUAUAUGCAAUAUGUGAUUUUUCUACUAUUCCCAUA